GGAUAAGAAUAUGUAGUAUCGUAUGGUUAACUUUCCAAACGGAACUUAAUUUCCAAGAACAUAUCUCAAACUUAGAACCUUAUUCAAAUCAAAUAUAGAUCAUUUGAACGAGCAGUGCAGUGAUAACCAAUAACAGCAUGAGGUGUCUAAUCCCUUUGAAAAAUAUUAUUGUCUGAUCAAAGAGAGGGUUAUCUACCAACUUUGCUAAUUUUGGGAAGUAGUUCAUAUGAUUCUUUAUCAGCUAACAGUUAACAGAUACAAGCACUAAUAAUCCACCACAUUUUCCUUCACCUUCAAGUUCCCUCCACAUGCAGUAUCCAAUUUCACGUUAGGAAAACGCCAACUAGGCUCUUCUCUUCUCUUCUUCCCUCACCCUCUUUCCUAUCGAGCAAAGCCAAAGAAAGGCACUGAACAUGACUGAUUCCAAGUGUUUUGUUUCUCAUGAACUAUUACGUGCGAAUAAAUCAAUCAAAUACUAACCAAUCACUAUUGACCACAUUUUCCUUCAUUCUCAGAUUCAAUCCUUUUGAACCUAUCUUCUCUGGGCUACUCCCUCUGCUAUUGACAAACACUGGCCCAAGGAUAGUACUAAUUGGGCCACCUAGCAAGUAGUUUCUCAUAGCCUAUAAAAAGGACUUGUGUUGUGCUAAAUUAAAAUUUUAUUUGAAAAGAGAAAAUAAAGGAAGUAUCUUUGUGAUCACAGAGAGGAAUGGAAGGGAGAGAGAGUUGCCAUCCUCUGUUAAGAGGAGGUAGGAAGAGAAUAGAGAAAGGUUACAAUCAUGGGUUAUCUACCAUUCAGAUGGAUGUCAUGGCUUCCAUAUGUGAUACCCUUUUUCCUUCCCUCAACAAGGAUAGUUCAAAGGACCAAGCUUUCUCAGCUUUCUACAAUACUUCUGCUUCUCAGUUCCCUUUUCCUGAUGAGGCUGCAGAGCUCAUGUUCAAGAGGACUGUGCCAGAAGCUUUGUUGUUGGUGAGUUGGGUUCUGUGGAUUCUGUCCUUCAGAUUGGGGACACUGUUGCUUUGUGGAAGUCUUUGCUUGGAAUGGAAGUGGCCUUUCGUUAACAAGUUCUCUGAGAUUUCCUUGGAGAAGAGAGAAAAAAUUCUGAAUCAAUGGUCAAGGGAAAAGCGUUGGGUACCCCUGCGGAUUGUGUUUGUGCUCAUCAAACUUGUUUGCUUCUAUAAUAUCUUCUCAAGGACUGAUGUAAAUGGGCAAAAUCCCGUAUGGAAAGCAAUUGGAUACGAGGUGGACACAAAGGAAAAGUUGACAAGAAAGGAGAGGCCACUCCAGAAGGGAUUAGUAGAAACAAUGUAUGAAACUGAUUCUACUUUAAUCCAAUCCCUCGCUGAAAAAGGCCUAGAAGUCACUGAAGAUCUAGAGCAGAACACGUACAAGAUCAAAUGUGAUGCUGUCAUUGUCGGGUCUGGUUGUGGGGGAGGAGUUGCAGCUGCAGUUCUGGCAAACUCUGGUCAGAAAGUAAUUGUCUUAGAGAAAGGAGAGUAUUUUGUUGCCCAAGAUUAUUCUUCUCUGGAAGGUCCAUCCAUGGAUGAGCUAUACGAAUCAGGAGGCAUUAUGCCAAGUCUUGACGGGAAAAUGAUUAUCCUGGCUGGCUCAACAGUGGGUGGAGGCUCAACUAUAAAUUGGUCUGCAUGCAUCAAAACACCUGAUUCUGUUCUGAGGGAAUGGUCUGAAAAAUAUAAAAUCCCACUUUUUGCCAGCUCUGAUUAUCAAUCUGCCAUGGACUCUGUCUGCAGAAGGAUUGGUGUGACAGAGAAAUGCAAUAAGGAAAGUUUCCAGAAUCAAAUUCUUAAACAAGGGUGUGAGAAAAUCGGUUUGAAAGUUGAGUCAGUUGCAAUAAAUUCUUCAGCAGAUCACUAUUGUGGUUCAUGCUGUUAUGGUUGUAGAACUGGAGAUAAAAAGGGCACUGACUCUACUUGGUUGGUUGAUGCUGUAGGCAAUGGUGCAGUGAUCCUAACUGGAUGUAAAGCUGAGAAACUUAUACUGGAAGAUGGAAAUGAGGGAAUAAAGAAAAAGAAAUGCUUAGGAGUGAUUGCCGCAGCAACUUGGAGGAGUAAGGUAACAAAGAAACUCCAAAUUGAAUCCAACGUAACUAUUUCAGCAUGUGGCAGUCUCUCUACCCCUCCUCUAAUGAUUUCUAGUGGUCUGCAAAAUCCAAACAUUGGAAGGAACCUCCAUCUCCACCCUGUUCAAUUUGCUUGGGGGUACUUCCCAGAAGACAUGACAAACUUGAGUGGUAAUAACUAUGAGGGGGGGAUCAUAACUUCAAUACACAAGGUUUUUGCAGAGGAUUCCACCCCACGAAUCAUCAUAGAAGCACCUGCUCUAGGACCAGCAUCAUUUUCAGCAUUGCUUCCAUGGGUUUCAGGGCUUGAUGUGAAAGAAAGGAUGGUGAAGUAUGCAAGAACUGCUAACCUUUUUGCAUUGGUGAGAGACCAGGGAUCAGGAGAAGUAAAGGGUGAAGGUAGAAUAACUUACAGACUUGGCCAAAUGGACAAAGAAAAUCUUAGAGUUGGAUUAAGAAAAGCCUUGAGGAUUUUGGUUGCAGCAGGAGCUGUAGAAGUGGGUACAUACAGGAGUGAUGGCCAAAGAAUCAAAUGCAGGGGGAUCAAGGAGGAAGAUUUAGAGGAGUUUCUAGACACAGUCACAGUAGUUGGGGGUCCAAGGUCGAGGAAUGAACUCUGGACCUUAUUUACUACUGCACAUCAGAUGACAAGUUGUAGAAUGGGUGCCACUGAAGAAGAUGGUGCACUCGAUGAGAACGGCGAGAGUUGGGAGGCAAAAGGCUUGUAUGUGUGUGACGGGAGUGUCUUACCCAGUGCAGUUGGUGUCAACCCCAUGGUAACCAUUCAGUCCACAGCAUACUGUAUUGCCAGCAAGAUAGCAGAAUCACUGAAGAAAGAAAAGCAAAGCAAGAAUAAUUAAGUUGAAUUAUUUAAUGCAAGUUUAAACGAAAAUGUAUAUGUGCCUUUUCUCUUUCGUUUCAUUUAAAUUUAACAGUUUAGAGUUCAGCAUUCUGUCCCGGCUAUACCGGCAAUGUUAGUGGUGAUAAGUGAAUUUCCACGUAAUUGUGUCAGCGUAUUUAAUGGAAGACUUUAUAAUAUUGUUAACCUGUGUUCUAUGGAUUGUAACAAGUUCU